AUGGCACGCCCGGCGAGAGUAGAAUAUGUCAUAUUCGAUAUGGACGGACUCCUGAUCAAUACCGAGUCUGUGUAUACCAAAGUUACGAAUGAGAUCCUUGCGCCGUACGGCGCCAAGAUGACAUGGGAUAUCAAGGCUGGACUUAUGGGCAGGCUCGAACGCGACGCAGCCGCCUACCUUCUUUCAUUCUUUCCUGACAUCCCACUCACGAUUGACACUUACCUCUCCCAACGUACCGUUCUCCAAGAUACUCAUUGGCCAACAGUUCAACCUCUCCCAGGCGUGCGCAAACUCAUAUCCCACCUCCACGCACACAAUAUUCCCAUUGCAGUGGCGACAUCUUCACAACGGCGCAAUGUUUUGUUGAAAACAGCUCAUCUCCAGGAUAUAUUUGGCUUGUUUGAUGGUAGAAUAGUGUGUGCGGAUGACGUACGGGGGAAGACAACGGGCAAGCCAGACCCAUAUAUUUUCUUAUAUGCAGCGAGUCAAAAACUUGGGAGAGGAGUCGGUGAAGGUGAGGGUGACAGCGUAACAGAAGAGGAGAGGAGAGAGAGAGAGAAAGGAUUGGUAUUCGAGGAUGCAAUACCUGGUGUCCAGGCUGGCAAGAGGGCGGGUAUGUCUACCAUCUGGGUCCCUGAUGUGAACCUGCUUAAUGUCGAAUAUUCGGGCACACACAUACCCGACCAAACACUCAAGUCCAUAGAGGAAUUCAAACCAGAAGAGUGGGGCCUCCCUCCAUACCCAGAGAAUGGAUAG